GGGGUACCUGUUCCCGCGGGCCCCGCGGGAUCGCCUGCCCGUGUGGGUGUGGCGGGCGUCCCAAAGGGCGCCGCUCCACCGCGUGCACAUCACGCGGUGGUACAGGUGGCUGCAGGAGCCCGCCGCCGCCGUGCUCGAGUGGUUCGACGACCUCGGGCGCCUCAGGGCGAACCCUGAUCUUUUGCAGAGCAUUCGCUAG